AUUGUUUCCCUUGGGCCAGUAGUCCGUUCCCUCCAACAAAAACCCGUCCUGCCGUUCGCAAGCUCUUUUUGCAGCCUCUGGAUUUUGGGCAUCGUCCUUUUUUUUUCUUUCCUUUUUUUCCCCUCUUGUCUUUCUUGCCCUCCUCCCUCUCUACCCGUGCUGCAUCCUUUUGUCGUCUGGUUUGCUGGCUAACCUUCCUUUGCGCCAUCCAGCGGCAGCACUUUCCCGCAUUCACCUCUCCCGGUCCCUUCGUACGCCCGCGUCAAAACCCCCCGGAGAAGCGAACGAACACAACCCCUCUCUUCUCCUCAGAGUAAAGCGGGUCACCACGUGUCCUAGAUCGCGAAAAUGGCAUUUUACGAUAACUCACAGUGGUCGGCCGCUCCCGGGCAGGCACAGCGGCAGCUGAGCUGGGAACAACAGCCGCCGUCGAGAUCUGGGACAUCCUCUGUCGGUGCCGCCCAGGAAUCAAAUGCUUUCAUCUAUCAACUCGCCGAAGUGGAACGGGCAAUCGAUAAUCUCGUCAAGAGCGGCAAGAUGCCCUUUGGUUUCUACGGUGCCCCCAUGUACGGCCAACCCGGCCUUCAUCGGCCCCCCAUGCCCGGUAGCGAGUUUGACCGUCCUCAAUCAUCAGGUCUACAAAACUACUACCAAGUCCAGCGCGGCGGCAGUCAUCGCGGGCCAUACGGAGGUGGUGAGCAGGCACAGGCUGAACAGGCCAAGCGACGGAUGGCAGCACAGCGCGAGCGUGAGCUUCGCAAUUAUCAUCAGGAACAACAGUAUGCGAAAAACCUGUCUGGCCCCAAGUCGGACCGCUCAAUGAGUCCCAACACAGGCAUGAGUGAGGAAGAGCGUCGCGAGCUCAUCGCACGGCAGCACCGCGCGCUGUACGGCGAAACGUCGAACCUAUACGAGAGCGCCGCGACGAAGGGCAACGGCAGGACAAACAGCCAGGACGCUAGGAUACUGACGGGCGGGGCGCGUGGAGCCAGCCCACUGGCGUACGACCCAUUCAGCGCACAAUCGAGUGGCGCGGUCGACGGUGCAGUUCAGAUGCCUAGUCGUGGCGACGGUUCUGGCGUCAAUGCAAACAAGGAUGGCAGUGCAAACAACUCACCGGCACAGAAUCAGAACCCGACCUUUGGCUCUGCCAACCAGCAGAGCGAUCGCACGUCCAACUCGUCCCCAACCGGUGGCUCACCACCAGGCGGCAGCAAGGCUGGUCCUGGCGCCAUCGGCACCCGGCCCGCGGUGACAAAUGCACCCGUUCAAGGGCUUCAGAAGCGGUCGACGACACCAUUGCCCUCGCCCCUGAGCUACGGCUUCUCGGCCAACGACCAAAAUAACAAUGAACGCUCCACGUCUGCGUCUUCAAACCCACCACAGGAGAAAGGCAACUACAGCACCGCCGGUUGGGGUAGUAGCAGCGGCGUCUGGGGCAACAAGGGCAGCGGCCUAGGUGUCCAGGCUUCCGUUUGGGGUUAAUCGCAAUGAAAAAACAAGAAAAACACCAAUUCUAUUGGGGUAGUAGCAGGGCGUUGAUUAUUGUUCGAGCCUGUCAGCGAUGAAGUCAGGCAAUAAAGCAAAAGAGGGCGAGGAGUUACUUUCAUUUCACCAGGAGGUGGGACAUAUAUAUACACGUAUAUAUGACUGGCUGGCUGGUUUGGUUUGGCUUUGGUUCGGCCUGGGUUCGGUUGGAGUCUUGCGCGGAUGAAAUCUUUUGUCUCACUGGGGGUUUCUUCCACGAAAAAAGAAAAACGCGUGUCUUGGAUAUGGACGACGUGUGGUAACGCUGGCUUGCAUGGCGGAGUUGCAUGUUUGCAUAUCUUGGGCUGGGCAAAACGGGUGCCGCUGUAUUCGAUAUAAUGUGUGAGCUCGGGGACGUGUCAGGGGCGCGGUUGCGAGUGUUGUGGACAUUGGUGCUGUGCAUUGCGUGGCUGUUGGUUCCUCGUUACCGGUUUGCUUGCUGGUUCUUCCAUUUUGCUUUCUCUCUCCCCCCCUCUCUUUUUUUUUCGGACGGUGAUCUGGAGACGGUGUUUGUUGGGUGGUUAUACCCACAAUUCUUCUGUUUUCGGGGUGUUGUUCGAAAGCCUCCUUUGUUUGGUUCUGCGUCUUUGGUUCAUGGGUUUAUGCGGGCAUCAUCGGGUCGGUCGCUCUUGUGGUUCAGCAUAGUCGUUGCGCCUCGCUCACCAAAACCUUCCCCUCCCCUUCCGUUUCUCAUGGCUGGCUUAUACCUUGCAUUCAGUCGUCAAUUCUUCGUUAUCUGGGGCGCCAUGUACUGGUAUGGGCUUUUUGGGGGCUUUGCAACCACGGUAAAUCGGAAGGAUGGGUUUGGCGGAGGAUACACAGAAAAAUACGACAACGACGAAAUUCUGCCACGCUGACUGUGCACAAGCGCCUUGGCUUUCGUACAAUUUGUUGGGUUUCAUUUGUUCACUUCCUGCAGUGCGUGGAGCGUCGAGAUAGUGGCAUCAUGUGGUGUUGUAAUAUAAAUUAGGCGACGGAAGAGGAAGGCGGAAGCCGGAGACGGGGGACUAAGCUGAAUUGGGCGUCAAGCUGUG